AUCAAAGGGACAUAAUAUAGCGAAUAUUUUCUACUUGGGUGCAUUUGAUUUAACAUUCAACUGUGAUUUGGAUUUCUAAAUAAUGAUCCAUGAUACUGUGUGCUAAAAGUAUAGAACAACUGGAACAGUCCUAUAACAGCAAAAGAUGCUGUAGCAGAAAGAAAAUUGUUAAGGUCUAACUUGGACUCGAACCCAGGACCUCUCACACCUAAGGCAGUCACUCUACCACUUCUCUAAAACAGCAGUAGCUAUAGCUAGGCAGUUUAAGUGCACCGAUUACAUUACGUGAACUGGAACAGUUUUGUGACAAUAACACAUAAUCGGCCGACUCCGGAUUAUCGGCGUAUUCGCUUGGUUACCUAACGGCAAUUUUCGUGUAAAGAAAAAUAUAAUCUAAUACUGCAAACAUUUUAAUCGGUCAAAACUGCCCAAAUUUGUCUGACGUGUUUUUUAGGGUAUGAAGUUACUAACUCAGUCUGGUAGUACCAGUGAAAUAUAACUUACACUAAAUCUUAUAUAUUUGCCUUUUUAGCAGCUGGCGAACGGCAAAGACAGUGGGCUUUGUCCUAAUAUAAGCAAUUAUUUUACCAGUUUCGACAGAGUAUCAAUUGAUACGAAAUUAGUUACAAAUUAAAUACCUUUCUGCAACACAUGAAGUCAUUAGCAUUCACUGCCAAGCAGUAUUAUGACUAAGAUCCACGAUCAUCCAGUUAUUCAUUCAAAUAAUUUAUAGAGUCGGUUGUUAACAUUUUCAAUCGUAGCCGGUGCUCUUGUAAUAACCACUUUUUUGAAAAAUUGAAGAAUGUGAAGAGCUAUGGUACGGUCUCUAUAAAAGGUAAUAUUAGGAAAGAAACGGCAUAUUAAGAAGGAUAUAAGGGAAGUCACCGAUUAAAACUACAAAGAGAAUGGUGCAUUAUUUAGUUUUUUAUUUAAUUUUACGUCGUGACAAUCGAAUAAAAUGUUUGUCAGAACAUUACUGUGUUGUCAGCCCUGCAAGUAUCGAGGCAUUACCUCGUCAGCCAUUAAUGUCCUGUAAUACAUGCCAUGAACAAUUAUGUAAAGAAUGUGUAGACUUUCACAAAUCAUUCAAAAUCCUAAAGACCAACAGUCCCUCAAACUAUUUCUUGAUGUGGAAACCCUUCGAAUGUGUAAACAACAUCCAAACAAAUCAACCGAGUUUUACUGUUGGAAUCAUGAUACAUUAAUGUGCAGCCUUUGUCUUCUGAAGUGUGAACAACAUAGGACCUGCAACAAUACAAUUGUUGAAAUUGAAAGUGUUGGUAAAUCAUUAAUUGACCGCAGGUUCACCGACACGGUUAAAGAAGAAUUUCAAAAUACGAUUUCUUGCGCUAAUCAUACAGUCAGGGAAUGGAAGAAAGUGAAAGAAGCAUCUCAGACGAGAGCCAAAACCAUCAAAUGUCAGAUAGAUGUGCUCCGCAGUAAACUUCUUGAAACGUUUGAUCGUCAAACCCAGCGCAUUGCCAAGAAAGCUAUUGAAAUCAACAGAGACAUUAAUGAUAAAUAUGCAACGAAAAUUGAGAACCUCGAAAAAGAAAUUAAAACAGCUGAAGAAAAUGAAAAAAAUACUUGAAACAAUCUUAGAAUCAGGAACAUCAGGUGACGUAUUCCGAUGCUUGAUGUCAAUCCUUGAACAAAUUGAAGCUUUCAAGAUUGAAACAGAAAAACAUAGCGAAGACGACGAAAAACAGGAAAUUGUGAUAGUGAAAUCAGAUUUGCUGAAGCAGUUAGAGACAAAUGACGAACCCUUAGUUCACUUUUACGCAAAAGAGACAAAACUCAAACUGCAUGUAAACGUCCAGAACGAGCAAACUAGAGAUACUUUGAAAAAACAAAUGCUUGCUGCCUGUGUAACAGACGGUGAAUCCGUCCCCGCUCAAAGUAUAACUGUUCAAGACAUGCAUUUGCAGGAAAAAGUUGAAAGAUAUACAAUUCCUGAAGCCAUAUUCCAGGAAACAUCCAUUGCAAAACGUGGCCACAAAACCGUGACAGAAAAUGUCAAAUUGGAAAAUGAACAUAUUGGGAAAUUCCAAAUGUUUGAUACUUUAAGAAAUUCUAGUGACGAUUUGGACAGUGGUAAAUAUAAUGACGAAGAACGGGGACCGAAGAACGACACGAAGCAAACAAUAAAUCAUCAUCGAGAAAAAGGGGUAACAUGUGAAGUAGAACUUAAUCUCGGUUACAGUUUUAGCGUUUUAACUUCGGACAGCAAGUUUCCUUGGUUUGGCGGAAUAGUAUGUCUUCCAAACGACAGACUAGUUUUAUCGGACUUCAAUAAUGCUAGACUCAUUCUGUUGAAUGAUGACAAUCAGAUUUUGACGACAAAGACACUUGAAUAUGAACCUGGCCAUAUAACUCUCCUGAGUGCAACCUGUAUUGCAGUCUGCCUUAUGAAAACAAACCAGAUUUUAAUAAUCGAUAUAAGAAAGAAAACAAUAAGAGAAAAUAAGUUCGUACAAACAAGAUACCACCCAAAGUGUGUGCAGGCAGUUAAAGACAAGAUCUUGGUUUCUUGUCAGGAUGGAAACGGUGGAUGGAACCUGAGUCUCGUAACUUUUCAGGGAGAAGUGUGUCAACAGAUAAAACCUAAAGGACUGUUUGACGGCCACAGGAUAGCUGUUCAGACUCUUCAAAGCGAAAAAGACAAAUUUCGAAUAAUUCAAGGUUGUGAUAUUACUAAUAGACUACAAUGCUUUGAAUUUGAUGGUUCUUUUGUUUUUGAUUAUGAUGCUGACCAAGUGGCAUCUGUGGUUACAGAUAAAAAUGGUUAUAUAUUUGUUAUAAGGUACACAGGUGAGAUCCAGGUCCUAAGUCCAAAUGGCGAUUUUCUGUUGAAAUAUCACGACAAGCGUUGUACAAGACUAAAUUUGCAGCGUUCAAUCAGGCAAUGAAUAAAGUAUAUUUAGCAAUGUAUAAAGAUCCAAAAAUCCAUGUUUUGGACGUAAAACGAAAGGUGAGUCAUUAGGUGCUCCGUAUGCAGUGGCUUGUUACAACGAGAUAUCAAAUAUUUAUCAUAAACUAUAAGUGGGACUAUUAAUACCGCAUGUUAUCGCAAGAGUAAGCACUCGUUGACUAGUUAAUAAUAAGUACUAGUAUGUACGAUCUGGGACUAUCUUUUGAAAUUAAAACUAAAGUACUAAAAUUUGAACUAGUUGAGCCGAUAGUCGCAGUAUGCGAAUAUAGAUAAAUGAAUGCGUAGACAUUGAAAUUUCGUGAGAUAAAAUUGCUGAUACAUUACGGGUUCAUUUAUUUCAAAUCUGUAAACCUGUAAAAGGGUUUGAAAUAGUACACAUGCAGUUAAGAAUUACACACAUGUAUUUUAAAUACAUUCUUAUUAUCAAAUCCUGAAGACAAUCCAACGCAUGUGUAAAUAAGUUUGUUUCUGAUUGUCAAAUCUGUCAGAAAAAAUGAAAUGUAAUUUGCUUUAUGUGUCUUAGAUAUGAAUUAAAUAAAUAUGGCCAAGUGAACUAUGCCUGAAAUUCAAAACUAACAUGGAUGUAAUUUAGAAAAUAUUAUGUUUCUAUCUAUAAUACAGUUGAAGUGUUCUUCAAAGUUGUAAAAUGCUUUAGUUUUGUUUUGAUUGUCGGUUGAUAAAAAUAAAGUGUGGUUAAUUAUCAAAGAUGACUUUGAUAAUUUGUUAUAUUCUGUUGAUAAUUUGCCAAUUUUUAUCAAACUAUAUUGAUAUUAGAUACAGAUUUAGCUGUAUGUAGUUUCUUUCUAGCACUUUAUAUUUUGAUAUCACUCACAAAUUUGAUUAAAAAUAUAUCACUGUUUCUCAUGGCUUUAUGAGCGUCUUGGACACGAUAUUCUGACCUUAUACAAUGAAUGAAUGGAUACGCUUUUAUUCCUCGCUGCGAAUGCUGUCCUUUCACGAGCAAUUUUUGUUCCCCCUCCAUUUUUAUUUUCGCGAGGGGGUGAAAGGAAGACUUAAAGUAGUCCAUAUUUGGUUGUUUGUUUCUUAAAGUAACGGCGGACAGUUAACCUAACCAGUGUUCUUGGCUUCUGCACCAGUACAAACCUGUUCUCCACAAGUAACUGCUAAUUUCCCCACACGUAUGAAUCAUAGGCGGAUGACGACUGAUUUCAGACACAAUGUCUUUUAUCAAAUCGUCACGGAGAGAGAAAAUACAACUAGCCUAGGGAUCGAACUCACGACCCCGUAGAUCUGCCCACUCCCUAUUGAACUAAGUCGGCGGGCUGCCCUUGUUCGUAUAUCUGUCACCCGGAUGUCCGUCCAUACCUUGUUAUACAGCUAGUGCCUUGCAAAACCAGGAGGGAAAAUAUUCCCAUGGCGAUAUUCGGUGAGGCGACGUUUGGCCGGGAGACGUUCAGCGAGGCGACAUUCGGCCGGGCCAAAUAAUGACGUUCGGCGGGUGCGUUUGUCAUUGUGUUGCUGCGACAGAACGAAAUACCAAAAUAGCACAAAUCAGCCACCAUGUUUAUAGGAUUAUUUUUCAGUAUGUAAAGUUGUUAACCUUGGGUUUUGUUUUGGAUUUUACCCAGCCAGACCAAAGUUAUGCUUCUUGACUUAGUACAAAUAUUCUUAAAUGCUUUAAAAGUUUGUGUUCCAUAUACUUCAAAAGGUAUUAGACCUGGAGUUAUGAAAGCUUAUAGAAAUGUUGUUCAGCAAUUGAAGUUUUGUGCCUAAGAUUAUGAUGCCAACCAUUAAAUAUUGUUUUAAUGCAUUGUGUUCUUUUGUGACAUCUUAUAUAACAUGUAGACUUAUUAGCAUUGUGUAUAUGUGUAUAUAAUUUGUACUAUACUAUUUUCACUUGAAACUUGUGAAUUUUGAUUCUACAGUAAUAAAGCUAAGUACUAGUAACAGUUACCAUUUGUAUAAUUUAUUAAAAAUAUAAUAUAUGUUGAAUAAGAUUAUGAU